AUGGUGGAUAUUAUUUUUCAUUAUCCUUUUCUGGGUGCUAUGGGGGAUCAUUCCAAGAAGAAGCCCGGGACGGCCAUGUGCGUGGGCUGCGGGAGUCAGAUCCACGACCAGUUUAUCCUGCGGGUGUCGCCCGACCUGGAGUGGCAUGCCGCCUGCCUCAAGUGCGCCGAGUGCAGCCAGUACCUGGACGAGACGUGCACGUGCUUCGUGAGAGACGGGAAGACCUACUGCAAGCGGGACUAUGUCAGGCUGUUCGGCAUCAAGUGCGCCAAGUGCCAGGUGGGCUUCAGCAGCAGCGAUCUGGUGAUGAGGGCGCGGGACAGCGUGUAUCACAUCGAGUGCUUCCGCUGCUCCGUGUGCAGCCGCCAGCUGCUGCCCGGCGACGAGUUCUCGCUGCGGGAGCACGAGCUGCUCUGCCGCGCCGACCACGGCCUCCUGCUGGAGCGCGCCGCUGCCGGCAGCCCGCGCAGCCCCGGCCCGCUCCCGGGCGCCCGAGGCCUGCAUCUGCCAGACCCCGCGUCGGGCCGGCAGCCCUCACUGCGCCCGCACGUGCACAAACAGACGGAGAAGACAACCCGCGUGCGGACGGUGCUCAACGAGAAGCAGCUGCACACUCUGCGGACGUGCUAUGCCGCCAACCCGCGGCCCGACGCGCUCAUGAAGGAGCAGCUGGUGGAGAUGACGGGCCUGAGCCCACGGGUCAUCCGCGUCUGGUUCCAGAACAAGCGCUGCAAAGACAAGAAGAAAUCCAUCCUCAUGAAGCAGCUGCAGCAGCAGCAACACAACGACAAGACGAGCCUCCAAGGACUGACCGGGACGCCCCUCGUGGCGGGCAGCCCCAUCCGCCACGAGAGUGCUGUUCAGGGCAGCGCAGUGGAGGUGCAGACGUACCAGCCACCGUGGAAAGCCCUCAGCGAAUUUGCCCUCCAGAGUGACUUGGACCAACCCGCCUUCCAGCAGCUGGUCUCCUUCUCUGAGUCUGGCUCGCUAGGCAACUCCUCCGGCAGCGAUGUGACCUCCCUGUCCUCGCAGCUCCCGGACACCCCCAACAGCAUGGUGCCGAGUCCUGUGGAGACGUGA